AUGAUCUCAAGCCACACGGAGCAGCCAAGCGAAGAGCAACCAGGGCUACGCUAUAUUAACACUCGUUAUUUCUGCUCGACUUCCAAUAACCUGCCCCUCUCUUCUGCGCUGUCCUCGUGGUCACUGGCGUCCGGCCCAUCUGCUCUGGCAUCAUUGGGUGCCCCUUUUGCCAGCCUGACCAACAUCACGUCAGCGCUGCUGCCAAAGCUACCGCCUGCGCUACAGACAUACCUUGAUACCUCUAUCGAUAGCGUGUCUUUCGCCCUUAGCAGCUCGAACGCCUACCUGCAGUCUACCACUGGGUUCUCACCUACCACCGUCUACAGCACCGUCGUCGGCGUCUUCGUCCUCGGGGCCGCCAGUACUGUCGCUGCCAAGAAAGGCGGGCCGGUUGCAAAAUCCAGCAAAAAGAAAAAAAAGCGGAAGGCCGCCAAGCCAAAGGCCGAAAACAUGAGCCGAUAUGGCUGGCCGUCUGGUCAAAAGCCUUCGCUAUCCCCAUAUACUACAUCGCUUAGCCAGGACGGUGUACCGAACGUUACCGAUGCCGACUUUGAGUACAUCACAUCGGAUGGCGUGCAGGACGAUUAUGAUGCUCAAUUGGCUUUUGACUAUGGUACUGGCAGCCGAUCUGGCGGCUCCUACUUUCGCCCACCAGACGAGGAUAUCGACGACAUCCCGAAGGACGAUGUGCUGCUCUUCCGUCGUGACAAAAAGGUCGAUAGAGAGUUUUUCCCCCCCUAUGCCAUUGGGGAUGGAAAGCUGUACACCAGCGAUGUGCUGGACCGAGUGCAGCUACUCUAUAAAUUGUCUGACUCGCAAGCCAAGCGGGUGAAGCUCUAUUACAAGGGGAAGCUGUUGAAAAUCGAGGAUCAGCCAGUGUGCCUUACUGGCGUAAAAAACAACAGCGAAAUAUUGGUAAUCGUCCCUCCGGGAGAUGACGACAGUAUCUCGAGUAAUGAAAACGUCAGUGGCUCGGGAACAGGUCGGGAAAAGACAGCAAAAUCAAAGUCAAAGAAGAGCAAGCAGAAGUCCGGGCGAAACACUGCCCAGGAGACGCCAUCAAGCCCUACCAUUGGAUUGGAGGUGCCACGGGGUCGGGACGAUGCCAGACCAGGCUCUACAAGCCGUGCGUCAUCAGCUGUAUCCGGCGGUUCCGGAGCUUCGAAGGUGCCGGCGCCACCUGGGAGCCCCAUGGAAAAGCUGAACAAUAUCGCACUUCACUUUGAGACCAAGCUUUUGCCGCAAUGCCAAAAAUUCAUAGCCCAGCCUCCUUCGGAUCCCAAGAAAAGGACAGAUGAUCAUCGCAAGAUUUCGGAAACGACCAUGCAACAAGUCAUUCUCAAGCUUGACGAGGUCAACACAGGUGGUGAUAGCGCAGUUCGAGCCAGGCGGAAAGAGCUAGUAACUCAAGUACAAGAUACUCUCAAGGAAAUGGAUAGAAAGAUGGCGGACAAGUAG